AUGCAAGAAUAUACCGAGAGAUCAUCUCAGGGCAACUCCUCCCAAUUCAAGCCUGGCCAUGAAAUUCCCAUCCAACACCAGAAGAAGCCUGGCCUACAAGCCGAUCUAGAACAGCCGAAACCAGCCUCAAGUUGCAUACCCGAUGAGGAAGGUGGCUACCAAAGCUACAAGGCAGCAGGGAAGCUGGUUGGUAAGCGUGCCGUAAUCACCGGCGGCGACUCGGGGAUUGGACGUGCUAUAGCCAUACUUUUCGCGAUGGAAGGAGCGACAAGUCUUAUAGUUCACUUGCCGGAAGAAGACAAGGACGCACAAGAAACAAAAAGAAGGGUGGAAGAAGCUGGGCAGGAGUGUCAUUGCUUGGCAACCGAUCUUCGCAAAAGAGAAAAUUGCCGCAGAGUGAUCGAUGCCGCACUAGAAAAACUAGGUGGCAUUGAUAUUCUGAUAAAUAAUGCCGGAACGCAGAAUAUGAUUGACGACAUCAAAGAUCUGGAAGAGAGUCAGUGGGAAAUGACAUUUGACACCAACAUCCACCCUUUCUAUUAUCUUUCCAAAUAUGCAUUACCCCACAUGGAAAGUGGAUCGACCAUAAUCAAUUGUGCAUCUGUCAACGCUUAUAUCGGUCGGCCUGAUCUUCUCGAUUAUACAUCAACAAAAGGUGCAAUUGUUGCCUUCACACGAGGUCUGUCUAACCAGCAAAUUAAAAACGGCAUUCGUGUGAACUGUGUCUGUCCAGGUCCAGUUUGGACCCCACUUAUCCCCGCUACCAUGAAUACUUCUGCAAUGGAGCAGUUCAGCUCUGUUCCAAUGGGUCGUCCAGGACAGCCAAGUGAGAUCGCCACGUGCUUUGUUUUCCUUGCGAGUAUGGACAGUAGCUAUAUUUCUGGGCAAUGCUUGCAUCCAAAUGGAGGCGUUGUGGUGAAUGGGUAACCACCCCUCAAGGGUGUAUAUUCAGAUGGCCAAGCGUAUACUUACAAACACAUCAAUCUUCACAUGUUUCACAUAGGAUACUAGAAACCGCCUAGUGUAAAUAGUAUGUCACGUGUAUAAGCUCUUUAAAAAAACGAAAAGUUCUUGAG